AUGAGCUAUGACGAGAAUAGCGUCAUUGGUUCUCCGGGGCGCCAAUUUCAACGGAUACUGAAUGCAAGCAAUACCGCCCUAUCGAGCAUCAAAUUUCCCGGGGACCCUGAUGAGUUUCCAAAUUCGAAUGACUGGAUUAACAUUGCUAUUGUGAUUCCCCAAGAAAGAGAACUAAGAAUGAGGCUAAAGCGCAGUGCCCCAUUGAGGGUCAUACUGAAUGUGGUUGCCGUUUUGCUGGAUCAAGGUGGAGUGAUGGAAAACGGCAAACUUUGUCUUCUUAGUCCGCCUUAUGAUGAGGGCAACUCAAGCUGCAAGGUGCUGCCGAUAGAUCAAACUCCAGACGACAUUGAACUCGAGGAUAACGUGAGAGUUGAGCCCGCACUUGUCGUUGAAGGUGGAACUGCUACCAAAUCAGAGGACAUUUAA